AUAACAGGGUGAGGCGGCAGCACAGCGACAGCAGCUGCCAGCGUCGGGGCUGAAGGAAGAGAAAGCGAGCUUGAGCUGUGCCAGGACCUUGGAGGAGCUGCGACACAGCCCACUGCAGAGAUGAAGGGAGAAGCUGGAAGUGUGCCACACAAUGGGAAGCAAAAGCAGGAGGGACACAUCUGGGGCUCCAUGAGGAGGACGGCUUUCAUCCUGGGCUCUGGCCUUCUCUUGCUUGUGGCCCUCUGGAACUCAGUCACAUGGCAUCUUCAGAGAUUUUGGGGUGCUUCUGGCUACUUCUGGCAAGCCCAGUGGGAGAGGCUGCUGUCUACAUUCGAAGGGAAGGAGUGGCUCCUCUACAUUCUAGGUGCCACCCAGGUGCCCGUUCUGCUCUUCUGGACCGUCAGUGGACUUCUACUGGUGGUUGACACAACUGGAAAGCCUAACUUCAUCUCCCGCUACCGAAUUCAGGUCGGCAAGAAUGACCCUGUGGACCCCAUGAAACUACGCCAGUCUGUCCGCACGGUUCUCUUCAACCAGUUUGUGAUCUCUUUCCCCAUGAUGGUCUGGCUCUAUCCCAUCCUCAAGUUGGGGGGCGACCCCUGCCGCCGAGAGCUACCCACCUUCCACUGGUUCCUCCUGGAGCUGGCAGUCUUCACGCUGACUGAGGAAGUGCUGUUCUACUAUGCACACCGCCUCCUUCACCACCCAAAACUCUACAAGAAAAUCCACAAGAAACACCACGAGUGGACAGCUCCCAUCGGUGUGAUCUCCCUCUACGCACAUCCUAUUGAGCAUGUGGUCUCCAACAUGCUGCCGGCGAUGGUGGGUCCCAUCGUCAUGGGAUCCCACUUGUCCUCCAUCACCAUUUGGUUUUCUUUGGUCCUCAUCAUCACCAUCAUCUCCCACUGUGGCUACCACCUACCCUUCUUGCCUUCACCUGAAUUCCAUGACUACCACCAUCUCAAGUUCAACCAGUGCUAUGGGGUCCUGGGGGUGCUGGACCACCUCCACGGGACUGACACUGUGUUUAAGCAGACCAAGGCCUACGAGAGACACAUGAUCCUGCUGGGCUUCACCCCGCUCUCCGAGAGCAUCCCUGAUCCCCCGAAGAAGAUGGACUAAGACACGGCCCGAGUGCCAUCCUAGCCGUGCCCUCUGCGCGGUCUGCUAAGGUGGCCUGAGGCCUCCUGGUCGCACCUACCAACUCGCUCCUUCAGCCACGCACUCUGAUGACAAACCACGAGGGCAGGGGGGAGGUCAACCUCCUGGAAAAGCAGGCCCAAGGAGGGGACCAGGGCUCCCCCAACUACCCCUAUCAUCCCAAAGGGGACCAGGGAUUGGCGUAACGAAAAAAUAUAGCUCCUUGGAAUGGAGACCAGUCAGAGGGAAGAAGCCACUUUGACAGGGCUCCUGGGGGGUCCCCCGGUCCUCUGCUGUGGAAGGGGAGAGGGACACCAGAUGACUCCUUGGUAGCCCUGCCAAGACAGAGAAUGACAAAGGUGGCAGGAGGCCGUGUGGCUCCAGCCAUAGCUCCUCCUGAUGCCAAGGGGUGGGAGAACCCGAAGACACUGCUUUGCCCCUUCCUGUCCCCAAAAGCCUCUCUCAUUCUGUACUCAGGCCAGGGCCAGGACACCCUGGCAACGGUUCUGGGAUCAAGUCCCCACUGCUCCCCAACACACACACGCGCGCGCACACACGCACGCGCACACGCACGCGCACGCACACGCACAGACACACAGCGUGAUAAAGACCCCACUUCAACUCUGCCCCACUGCAAUUGGACAUCACCCCUCUCUGAAAAUACCAAUCACAGGAGCUCCUCCUGUGACUACAACUGAGAUACCAAGAAGAGGCGCAGACCAAAUCUCAAUACCUUCAGCCACAGGCGGAAACCAAGGGCCAAACCCUGUGGCCCCGCUCAGCUGGGGCCCCCUUUUAGCCACAGAGGGUAGGGUCAGAGUUGCUGACCUUUGGGGACACCCAACUGAGGCCCCUAAUUAGGCUCUCUGAGGCAGGACCAAAGGAGCUAGAACCCUCUUCCUCCACUAAAGCAAGAAAUACACGGCUGAACAGCAGGUAAAAUCCUUAUUUCCCCCUCAAAUGAUGAACCAGUUGUUUCAGCACCAUUUUUACAGGAUGACUUUAGCAGUAAUGCCUUUUCCAAUGAGACCUUAUUGUCUACCACAAAACCACAGAGCUGCCCAGGUGGAAGCAGUCCCCACCCUGGGUUCGCUCAGCUGCUUCUGACAUUGCCAGGAACCCUGUGGCUCCCAGUAUCAACGUGAAGACACUCUGAUUUGCAAGGCCACCAUUAUAGUUUCCAAAGUCUGAUAUUCUCCUGAACAUUCAGUUCUCCUCUGUCCAGAAAACCACCCGCUGUAGUUUUAUAAAAUACUUUAACAUCUGAUAGGGCCACAUCUCCAGGCAGAGCUAUCAAAGAGGACGACCUCCUGCCACGGGCCCUAUCUCCCCAGAGGACCUGCCCAAGAGGCCGACCAGGCGCUUAGCAGGCAGCGUCCUCCUCGGGCCUGGGUGGGCCCAGCCCCCUCCCUGGGACCGCAUGCCCUUCGCUUGAGCACAGCUCCUGGUGCACCAGUGCUGGACGUGCUCAUAGCUGCUGACCUGCACCCACAACCUGUCCUACGAAUAAACAAACAGUUGGAAAACA